CAAGGCAGUUUGCUCGCUAUGGCCGUCUGAGAGUCGCUUUGAAUUGGAGUUCUAGCAGUAGGCUACAAGAAAAAAAAUCAGGGCGCGCACUUGGCAGGUUGUGGACGGCCCACAGAUGAGUGAUGGGUGAGAUUGAGGGCUCCUACCGCGUCCUGCAGACCCCUGGAACCCGUCUGGGGGCCCAGCGCAAUGCCGGGAUCAGUACCCUGGAACCGGGCCAAAACCUCAGCACGGCAAUGGCCAGAGGGAAGAAGGGCCAAGGGAACGGGCUUCAUAUCCGGGUGCAGGGGCUGGACGAAGCCCAGGAAUUCUAUGACGUGGAGACCAAGGCUGACGGUCAAAUGCUCCUGUCCGAGGUGUUUAAAAGAUGCAACCUCAUCGAGAGCGACUACUUUGGCCUGGAGUUCAUGACCAUGAAGAUGAACUGGGCUUGGCUGGAACCAAUGAAGCUCAUUGUGAAACAAGUGAGAAGGCCCCCGAACACAACCUUCAGGUUGUCAGUCAAGUUCUUUCCCCCCGACCCUGGCCAACUGCAGGAGGAGAACACCAGGUACCUGUUUGCCCUGCAGGUGAAGAGAGACCUUAUCGAGGGCAGGUUGAUCUGCUCGGACAGCACUGCGGCCCUCGUCGCCUCUCACCUGGUACAGUCGGAGAUAGGUGAUUAUGACGACAUGGCGGACAGGGAGUUCCUGAAGAUGAACAAGGUGCUGCCAAACCAGGAGGCACUCCAGGACAAGAUCAUGGAGCUCCAUCGCAGGCAUCUGGGCCAGACUCCGGCCGAGUCAGACUUCCAGGUGCUGGAGAUCGCUCGUAAACUGGAGAUGUACGGGGUACGGUUCCACCCGGCAGCUGACCGCGAGGGAACCAAGAUCAACCUGAGCGUGGCUCACAUGGGCCUGCAGGUGUUCCAGGGGAAUACCAAAAUAAACACGUUCAACUGGUCCAAGAUCCGCAAGCUGAGCUUCAAGAGGAAAAAGUUCCUCAUCAAGCUCCACCUGGAUGCUCACGGUCCCCACCAGGACACACUGGAGUUCCGGAUGCCCAACCGGGACCAGUGCAAGAUGUUCUGGAAGAACUGUGUGGAGUACCACUCAUUCUUCCGCCUAUUUGACCAGCCACAGCCCAAAUCCAAAGCCAUCCUCUUCAGUAGAGGCUCCUCAUUUAGAUACAGUGGGAGGACUCAAAAGCAGCUGGUGGACUUUGUGAGAGACAAUGGAUCCCGGAGGACACCCUACCAGAGGAGGAACAGCAGGAUCCACAUGUCCUCUCGCUCCCUGAUGACUGACGUGCCAAAGAAGAACCUGUCGUUCAGCGAGAGCCUCAGGGUCGGGGCCUCCCCUUCCUCGGUCAACUUCUCCUUCCACUCCUUGCACGCCUCCAGUGCCCCGCCCCGGAUGGAGCCCCCGAACCAGCCCACCCAUCAGCAGCUGCCAGCCCGCCCACCCAGCCCCCCAAAGGAGGACCCCAUCAAGGCCGCCCCCCCACCUCACUACGCCUUUCAAGGGUCACCCACGGACAGCCCCCAGCUGUCACCCUUUGACUCCAAGAGCCCCCUCUGCCUCUCGCCCUCCUUCCAGAUGUCCACGCUGAGCCUCCCCGGCCAGGCGCCCUCGCCCCUGCAGAGCCCUGUCCUGAGCGAGGUGGGCAGUGCCAGGCUGGAGGAGGAGGAGGAGGGUAGGAGGAAGAGGAACCCUACUGACAAGGCCUACUUCAUUGCCAAAGAGAUACUGACCACGGAGAGGACGUAUCUGAAAGACCUGGAGGUCAUUACGGUGUGGUUCCGCAGCGCUGUGAUUAAGGAGAACGCCAUGCCCGAGGGCCUGAUGAACCUGCUGUUCUCCAACAUUGACCCCAUCUACGAGUUCCAUCGAGGGUUCCUCAAGGAGGUCGAGCAGAGGCUGGCUCUCUGGGAGGGGCGCUCUAACGCACACGCGAAAGGGGACCACCAGAGAAUUGGCGACGUGAUGCUGAGGAACAUGUGUGCUCUGAAGGAGUUCACCAGCUACCUGCAGAAGCACGAUGAGGUGCUGACAGAACUGGAGAAAGCCACCAAGCGGCUGAAGAAGCUGGAGGCGGUCUACAAGGAGUUUGAGCUGCAGAAGGUCUGCUACCUGCCCCUCAACACCUUCCUGCUCAAGCCCAUCCAGCGCCUCAUGCACUACAAGCUCAUCCUGGAACGGCUGUGCAGACACUACCCCGCUACGCACAGCGACCACGAGGACUGCAAAGAGGCCUUGAACGAGGUGACUGAGAUGGCCACCCAGCUCCAGAGCAGCCUGAUCCGGCUGGAGAACUUCCAGAAACUGACGGAGCUGCAGAGGGACUUGAUUGGGGUCGAGAACCUCACUGACCCAGGGAGGGAGUUUAUCCGGGAGGGAUGCCUGUACAAGUUGACAAAGAAGGGACUGCAACAGAGGAUGUUUUUCCUGUUCUCAGACAUGCUGCUGUACACCAGCAAAGGGGUGACUGCUACCAACCAGUUCAAAGUUCAUGGCCAGCUGCCUCUUUACGGCAUGAUCCUCAUAGUGCUGGACGCACCGGUAGAGGAAAGUGAGAAUGAGUGGUCCGUGCCCCACUGCUUCACCAUCUACUCUGCGCAGAGGACCAUCGUGGUGGCCGCCAGCUCCAAAGCAGAGAUGGGGAAGUGGAUCCAGGACCUGAACAUGGCAAUUGACAUGUCCAAGAAGUCCCAUGAAAAAUCUGAUCUCCUCAUGGACCCCAGCCUGUCCAAUCGCUCUAACAGGUCGUCAGACGAGGUUUCUCUGGAGCAGGAGUCUGAGGAUGACACGCACUCCUCCCGCGGUUCCCUGGACAAGCAGACACACCACCGUGCCAACACCACCAUGCACGUGUGCUGGCACCGCAACACCAGUGUCUCCAUGUCCGACCACAGCCUGGCCGUGGAGGUCUUCCACGAUGCCCGUCUCUGCCGGCUCUCCUCAGUCUUCUGCUCUCCGGCCAUUUCCCCAGAGCUGCCCCCGCGUUACCUCUUGGGUCAGGGCCAGCGGCCUAACACCAUCACUCACGUGUGCUGGUACCGCAACCAGAACCUCUCUCUCUCUGAUUACCUGCGCAUGAAUCAGAACCAACUAUCCGGGUACCUCUUGAGGAAGUUCAAGAACAGCAACGGCUGGCAGAAGUUGUGGGUGGUCUUCACCAACUUCUGUCUGUUCUUCUACAAGACACACCAGGACGACUUCCCCCUGGCCAGCCUUCCGCUGCUGGGCUACACGGUCAGCACCCCGGCUGAGACGGACAGUAUACUUAAGGAGUACGUCUUCAAGCUUCAGUUCAAAUCCCACGUCUACUUCUUCCGGGCAGAAAGCGAGUAUACCUUUGAGAGGUGGAUGGAGGUGAUCAAGAGUGCAGCCAACGCUACUGGCCGAAUGAGUAUCCUCAUCCCCAGGGACCCUCCAGAGAUUAACGGCAACUGAGGGUCUCUGUAGGCGGAGCUUCUGGAGAUGGGGGUGGGGCCUCACAGACUCCUGGGAGAAACUAUUUUUGGUUUUUAUUAUUUAUUAUUAUUAUUAUUAUUAUUAUUAUUAUUAUUAUUUCUGAGAAAACGGCUCUCUCGUUGGUAUUAGGUGUGGUUCAGUAACAGAUUAAAAGACUGGAAGAAGUCAACAUGUUUUUUUUUUAACGCCACCUGACUUGGAACUCCUAAUUUCAGCAGUGCACCUGUUUCAUUGCCGCUGCAUCCACAGUUCUGUAGGCCGCUGCCCGUCUCUCGAGUCCUGAGUAAUGCCUGCUGCCACCGUUUCUUUCCACUGCGCAGCUGUUGUACCUGAGGACUGCAACACGUUACACAGCUGGCGCAAGACAGACUGCGAGCACUGAAUUCACAAGAGGAGUCAUUUUUUUGUUGAAGGACUGAAGUAAAAUUGGGUAACAUGCAAAAGUGAAGGACCCACACCCUGACAUACACUGGUGUGUGUGGUGUGUGUUACACAGACCAGAUCAAAUGUUGCCAAUUUGAAAAGACUGAAACCUCUGAAAGUUUACCUAUACCACCUGUGGCAAUUGACUGCAGUAAACAACUGAGAAUUGCUUUGGAAACUGAAAUGGGACCAGCUUUAUAAUAAUCCUUUAGGAAAAAAAGAAAGCCACACGUUAAGUCAAAGAAGAGGUACAUUUGCUCAGGGAAAGCAUGGGGUAUGGUGCCCUGAGCUGAAGUCUGUAAAAAGACCGAGGGGUGCACAAAUCUCGACUCUAGUGUGAGGGGAAAGUGUAGCACUGAGGCACACUGUGCCGUGAGACACCGCAUGUGGAAACAGUAGAGGGCUGACAGGACACCAUGUCGGUGAGGACAUUGGGAAAUGCAGGGAAGCCGUACGUACGUCUGAUGGAAGGUGAAGAGAGAGUAGCUGAGCAGAGAGCGUUUCUGACGUUGCCGUCGCACCUCUGGGGAAAAAGCCAGAGUUGGAGGGAUUUUUGGCUUGGGAUGGGUGUGAGGGUGUGAGGGUGGGGCUGCAUGUGGGCCUUACUUGGUGAACACUGCCGUUCAGACAGAGGUGUGAAGAUAAAAUGAGAGCAGGGCCUAUUGAAGCAGUAAUUUCUCAGACUGGUUUGGUAGUUAAACAUUUAUGGUCUGAUUGGUAUGUUAUGUAGAGCAUGACUUUGAAAGAGACUGACUUUAAAAGAAGUGAUGUCGAACAUUUUUAAUGCUUGCUUUUAUAACUAAGGCAUUCUGAGAGUGUAAUUUGUAUGUUAUUUAUGACUAUUCUGACUGAAUACUGAGAUGUAUUAAAGAUAAAACCUCAAACCACUGCUGUUAAAAGGAAGCAAAUGCAGAUUGUGCAGAAAUAUCCAAAUGUACAAGUACAGAAAUAUUUGUUGACCUACUAUUUUUUUUAUUCUGAAUUGUGACAGUACAUGCUCAAUGCCAUUUCUGGGAGAAUUUGCUUAUUUAUUUAAGCAGAGUCAUUCAGGAAAAAAGUGAAAUGAACUAAAACCAAAAAAGAUUGUUUAAAAUCUACCACUAACAGGGUCAUUCCCUCAGGCUAAUCAAAGUGACCUUGUGUCCCCCCCUCCCUACUUAUCACAUUUGUGGGACUUCAUUAACAGUGUUGUUGCAUUUAAAAAAAAACUGUACAAUUGUUUUUUUCAUUUUCACUUAAAUUUUUUAUUUUCAGCAUUGUAUUCAGUCAUACUUACAAUGGCCUAACUUAGUAGCCAGGUUUAUUGUUUUAUUUAUUUCAGUCUAACAUACUGUUGGUCAACAAAUGGUGAACAUCCAUUUAUUGCCCAAUGGAACAUUGUUGGUGCACCAGAGGGGAGUUUGAAAGGAGAGUACGAUGCAUUUCAGUCAAAAGCAAUUGGGGCAGGCUUAAAAUCCAUUUCUGGGGACUGGAUACCCAAGAACUAUGCUUUUCAACUGAUGUGGCCAUUAUUCUCAUUACUUAUUGUAUAACCGAAAAUUUGACAGUGAUCCUCAAAAGUGAGUGUUUCAAUAGCUGUCUUUGGGGGGUCAGAUUCCAGAGGAAGAGUACUUGGAGCUGCAGUUGGCUUUAGAUGCUUUCACGUGAUUGGUUGGGAGCUGUAAGAGCUUUCUGUAAUUGCAUGCAGUAUUCUUUAUGAAGGGCCUAGCAGUUACCUUAAGAUGUAUAUCUAUUCCAUCCGUUAUAUUGUUUUCAAGACAGAUUAUUUGCGGUCAGUAAGUUUGAAGCUGUUGUGGCACAUCUACUCAUGAAUAAUGAUUUAGUUUGUUUUUUGUACAAUAUUAUAUGUUGCAUUUCUUU